GUUAUCAUUCUCUUUCACCAACCACCAACCAACCACACCACCCUUGUUAAACCGAAUUGCUACGGGCCGCUCACGCCAAGAGUGCAUUCAUCGAGCCAGCAGAGUCUACGCGGAUGCUACCUGCGUGACGGCCUAGUAAGUCACUAAGUGUCGGUGCGGUGACAGGCUCUGAGCCGUACUACAUACUACCAGUGUGACCUAGUAGCAUGGCUGUCAGUGGCAACUUCGAAGAACCGUAUGCAUAUGCUCUCUGUGUUAGGUACUGCAGGUGCCAAUUGACGACGAGCAUAUUCAUCAGGUAUAGUAUGUUCCUCUGUGUGGAAUGAGAUGGUCAGGAGCUUAUCGAACGCUCUAUGCACCACCCGUCGCAUUAUCGACCGGAACAUUACGCUGUUCCCCUCGCACUGACGUCUGUCUUCAGUCCUAGGCAUCCGUGGUCCCUGGCGUGCCGCCGCAUGCGAGGAUGGCGGCAGCGAGUUGCAGCGAGACAGUGCUCCCGCCGCCCCUGUCUGCGUCGGGUAGAGCGGGGAGGCCUGCUCAUGGCGUGGUGUCCAGCAUUCAUCGUGACGAGCACUCCACGUCCCGAUCGAGCGGAGAGAGCUUUAUUGCUCACCUCGUCGUCCCCGGCUGACACUGUCAGCCGCCCUCGAUCGCACUUUUCUCCCUCGCCCCUUACGAAACUCUACGAACAUCACGACCGACACGAAGUCAGCAAGCAUGAACAGAACAACAUUCACUGUAGGACUUUCGCGAAUUGGCUUGAUGAUCUCAAGGCAGCGUGCCUGGAGUUCAUCGGGACAACCACCUUCCUUCUCCUCGCCUUCGGCGGCAUCCAAGCGGCCAACGAAGAGACAGUGUCGAGUUCCGGAGCAGGGACGUCCGAUGUCCAACAUGUCAUGUAUAUCUCCCUCUCGAUGGGCUUCAGCCUCCUCGUCUCUGUCUGGAUCUUCUACCGCGCCAGUGGAGGAGUGUUCAACCCGAACAUCAGCUUGGCGCUCCUCCUGACUGGCGUUAUUGGUCCGUGCCGCUUCGUGCUGUAUUGCAUAGCACAACUACUGGGCGGCAUCGUCGCUGCUGCACUUGUCCUUGCGUUGACUCCUGGAACACUUCAAUCAGUCACGUUCCUUGCGCCCGGUAUCAACCCAGCGCAAGGUGUAUUCAUCGAGAUGUUCAUCACCACCGCUCUCGUGCUCGCGGUGCUCAUGUUGGCGGCGGAGAAACACAGCGUCACACCGUUUGCGCCGAAAUUUUUCUCUCGCUUCUGCGACGCUCGUCUGACGUAUCAAGGUGGGCGGUACUAUACAGGAGCUGGUAUGAAUGUGGCUCGUGCCUUUGGCCCUGCGGUCGUCACAGGCUUUCCUUACGGGACACAUUGGGUUUACUGGGUGGGCGACGGUCUUGGUUCACUCCUCGGCGCAGCCCUCUUCAUCAUCCUCAAGCAGAACCGUUACUGGCGCCUGACUCCGGGGCAAGACACGACUGACCACACCCUGUCGCCCGUCGUGCCGCUACAGGACGGAGUUCCCAUUGGCCGCCGUUCGGGCUCUCGCUCCUCCAGGCGGUCGGGAUCGUCGCGCCCAGGCAAUGCUGCCGAUGAUACCUCGCGGCGUGAGAAGGACGCUAUUGCGCGCGCGAAUGGUGACGCCAGUGCCGCGAAUAUUACCUCGCAUGGCCGGACGCGCGUCAAUGACAGCCCGGUAUGAGGGCGCUGUCUAUCAUCUGGAUAUCUGUAAUUGGGAACGAACCACGGACUGUCUACUUCGACCGCCGUCAUAUGAAUGAAGCAGAUCUUCCGGGCUACGAAUCAGGUGCCAACGGGGCAUGCAAAGUACUAUACAUUAUACUCAUGGAACGGUGCCCGCUGGCCUGUGACAACAUCUAUUUUCUGGCAUUCAUCACAAUGUAUCACUAGCACCUUUCCUACAUUAUAUCUGUAUGGCUACCAAGUUUGUCAAUGGAAACCAAAUGGAAACUC